UCGGGCUGAGCUUCGCAGCCGCGGAUAAACGAGAGGAAGGGGCGUGCUCCUCCUCCGGCCGCCUGGCUGCUGUUGUAUUCCGCUUUCAUUAAUUAACCGCUUCGGUUCAGCUGCUCCAGCUUCGUGGUUUCGUGCCUUGUACUCCUUUGUAUCCGCUUCCGUAGCGACCACGUUGUUUAUGUAUGUUUUUAGCAGUCGGUCUCGUCCUUUGCAUACUAAGCUACCGUUCCGGGAACUGAAUGACACUGGCUUUACAACGGAAGGAGAAAAACUGGGAGAAAAGGGAAAAAAGCUGUGCUAAAAUAAGCAUAAAUUGUUGCAGAGCAAGUCUUGGAAGCUUUAUGUUAGCACAAAGAAGGAGAAUUGUUUUUUACUGAUGCUGCUUAUUGAGAGAGGCACUGUAGUUACUGUUACAAGCUGCACCAGUAUAAACAUGGAUAGCUCGUUCUUCUUAUAAAAAGUUAAUUGUAGUGAUUUUGAGCAUUCUGGUAGCUUGUUCCAGCUGCUGAAACAUGAAUACAUUGUUUCAAACUAUCUUAAACGCAGUUAAAAGGGAUAAACUACACUUGGUGGCUGGGCAGAGGCAGGCACGUACAAAUGUCACUAGAUAGUUCAGCUUUCUUGGAGUAGCAAUUUUGUUUUUCACAAUAACUUAUCUCAACUGAUGAAAACUGCAAUGAGUAAACGUAGGUUUAAGGAGAACAGUGAAGCAAACAGAGAAUGCAUUUCACAGGUGCAAAAAAUUCUGCGUGAAAGAUUCUGUCACAAUUAUGGUACUGGGAAACUGUUUGGAGUUGAACACCAGUACAGACAUCUGCUGGAACUGCUGAAACGAACUGUGAUUCAUGGAGAAAGUAAUUCUGCCCUCAUUAUUGGACCCCGAGGAUCAGGAAAGACUGUGUUAUUAAACCAUGCCUUAAAAGAGCUCAUGGGAAUUAAACAAGUUCAAAUGAACCUCUUGGAAGUUCAUCUGAAUGGGCUUCUGCAGACUAAUGAUAAAGUGGCCCUGAAGGAGAUCACCAGACAGUUGCACCUGGAAAAUGUGGUUGGGGAUAAAGUUUUUGGCAGUUUUGCUGAAAAUCUUGCAUUCCUUCUUGAAGCUUUAAGGAAAGGAGACCGAACUAGCAGUUGUCCAGUCCUGUUUAUACUGGAUGAAUUUGACUUGUUUGUUCAUCACAAGGGUCAGACGCUGCUCUAUAACCUCUUUGAUGUAUCCCAGUCAGCACAGACUCCAUUAACAGUUAUUGGACUGACAUGUAGACAGGAUAUCCUGGAGCUCUUGGAGAAGAGAGUAAAAUCAAGGUUCUCUCACAGACAGAUAUAUUUGAUGAAUUCCUUUGAUUUUAAACAAUACAUUAGGAUAUUCAAGGAACAGCUUUCUCUUCCUGCUCAAUUCCCUGAUGAGUCUUUUGCACAAAAAUGGAAUCAAAAUGUUCAGCACCUCUCGGGGGAUAGAACUGUGCAGGACACGCUGCAGAACCUUUUUCACCACACUAAAGAUCUGCGCUCCCUUCAUUUGCUGUUGAUGCUUGCUGUGAGUAACAUUACUGUGCAUCACCCACUUAUCACUGCAUCAGAUCUUCACGAAGCAAGCAGGCAGUAUAGAAUGGACUCAAAAGCAAAUAUCAUACAUGGUUUGUCUGUCCUGGAAGUCUGCCUAAUUAUAGCUAUGAAACACUUAAAUGAUAUUUAUGAAGGAGAGCCAUUUAACUUCCAGAUGGUUUACAACGAAUUCCAGAAGUUCAUACAAAGGAAGGCACAUGGUAUGUACAACUUCGAAAAGCCAGUUGUCAUGAAGGCAUUUGAACACUUACUACGACUGGAAUUAGUAAAACCAAUAGAAAGAACAUCUGUACGUGCUCAGAGAGAGUACAUCUUAGUGAAACUGUUUUUGGACAGUAACCAAAUCAUGGAUGCCUUGCAAGUGUAUCCAAACUGCCCAACAGAUGUGAAACAGUGGGCAGUGUCCUCACUCAGCUGGUUGUGAAUGUUCUAGAACUUGAAAUACUACUUACUUUCAAAACUUUUGGAGUUUACAGUUAACUUUAGAAGAUGUAAUGUCUACCCGUAGCAGGGUGUUCAGGUUAAUAAAUCUUUGGAAGAA